CCACGGGGCCACCAAGAAAUGUGAACUCAUGUCAAGUAACCCAAACGGAACUGUGCAGUGGACUAACAGUCCAGACUGGAAAGUUUAUACAUCUCAGCCGGUAUCAUGUGGACCGGGAUGGUAUGAAUAUGGUUCUUCGUGCUAUAUUGUCGAAACAACGGUUACCAGUACAUGGCAGACGGCUCGUGAUGAUUGCGCAGCACUGGGCGCGCACCUGGCUGUUAUUACCGAUGCUGCUGAAAACACAUUUAUCGUGAACCUGCUGACGUCGCUCAAUAUCGGCUUUCCGGUUUUCUGGCUCGGUGGAAACGACAUGGAUGUCGAAGGAACCUAUGUUUGGGAAACGGCAGAGCUGUUUGUUUUUUCAGCUUACUCUCCAACCAGUAUUCACGGUAUAGAUAGGAACUGCAUAAACAUAAUACCGUCUCAAGGCUGGUACGACGAUGACUGUACACUUUUUUUGUAUCAUGUGUGUGAACGCAAUUCUGGUUGACUGAAUGGGCGUGAAUGAAAUACUAAUUGAGCAUGUACAAUUCAAGACUCGGAUACGUCGCAUCUUUAGAUGCAUUAUAUGUAUUUGAUGUUGUAUUGUAUUGACUCCGUGUUUUACUUUAAACAUUU